AUGGAGCAGGCGCAGGAUCACAUGCUACCAGAACAGCCGCCCUCCUACUCUCAGUCUCACGAUCCUCAAUCGCUCGAUUUCCCUUCCGUGCCCACAACAAAUCCGCCAUGUACCCACCAUGAUCGCACGCUCCCUCCUUUACCGUCUGUUCCCACAGAGCAACGAUUUCGACCAGAGGAGCAUCAAUUUGUCUGGCCAUCUUCAAACCCGUUGACCGCAUAUUACCAACCUGGGCCCUCACAGCUGUCUCCGAAGAACAGCUCGACUAUUGGCAUGGACUCGCCAAGUGGCAUGGACCUUGAUACUCCUGAAAGUCGAGGACGACGCGGUGGCAGCGUGCUUUCAAUUGAUGAUCCUGAUGUGCGGCUUGCCGCUGAAGCGCUGGGAGAUCUCAGGGCCGAUUUUAUACAAUCUCCUCCACAGCAACACACUUCUCUACCAUCCUCUUCUCUUCGAAGCCCUCAAGCAAGAGGAGAACAACAAGAACCCCUCUUGUCACUUCUCACAACUUCACACCCGCUCAUUGGAACCGCAAUUGGAGGGUCCCUUUCCGCAUAUUCCGCAUCUAAGAACUACAGUCCGCGGUUCAAGUCCAGUGCUGAAUACGUCGAAAGAAGGUUUACACCCGUCGUCAAUACCGUCGGCUCCGUUGGGCGCAUAACCGGUGUCGAAGGAGGGGUACGGUGGUUUCUGGGCGAGAAAAGUCAAUCGUUCGAUAUUGAAGAUACCAGGGAAGGCUCAAACAAACGACGAAAAGUAGGCGCCAACGAUCAAGAAACCGAUUACAAUGCCUCCCGGGAUCCCCACCCGGUAUACCAACAAGAAUUGCAGCAUCGGCAACGGAAUCUAAGUCAGACAGAUAGUUUGCCGGCCUACGACGAACACAGGAGUCCCAGCUACGAAGCCGCGCAGCAAGCUUUGGUUCCUACGCGACAGCAGGAUGAGCCGCAAAGCCCAGGCAGUACCUGGCAAUCGCGACUCGUUCUUUCAACCAGCGGCCUCAGCGUCGCAAUGAGCGAAGAAAGUCUACGCAGUCUGAAAUACUGCCUAGGCUGGCUGCGCUGGGCCAACGAACACAUCGGUAAAGUAAUCCUAGCAUUGAAAUCAGUGCUAGAAGAAUACGAUAGUUCAGCAAGAUCAGAAAAUUCUGGCAAGAUUACGAAUUCAGAUGGGCAAUUGGUAGUGCGGACAGAUUCCGAGCGCUCGGCUUUAAACGCUAAAGUAGCGGCGUUGAAAAGUGAUGUCUUGAAGACGCUGAAAGAAGUCGUUGAUAUUGUUUCGAGGUACGCUGGGGGUGCGUUGCCAGAAAAUGCCAGGGUUUUGGUUAGGAGGCAUCUUACUUCCUUGCCUCGGAGAUUCAAAUUAGCCAAUUCAAGGCAUGGAGAUGCUGGCAACUCUCGGAAUCUUGAGCAAGGGGACGCAGAGGUUGCAGAUGGCGCAAAUCGCGUUCUUGUCCUGGCGAAGGAGGGACUUGAUAUGAUGGCGCAAGUAUCUGGAGUCCUCGACGGCACGAUUAUCAGUGCUGAAGAAUGGUGCGAGCGAUUAGGAAGAAAGAAGAGGGAAGAAGCUGGAGAUGCUGGAGAUGCAGAUGGAGGGAUGACUCAACAUGGAACGGAAAAACCGCCUACUGAACUGGCAAAAGUAAAAACCGAUAUGAACGGACAACUUGAGCAUUUUUAUCAAGACAUCAAGAUGAGAUAA